AUGCCUCCCGUUCCCCCCCAAGGCGGGGCAAGGGACGCGUGGCUCCCUCGGGUCAUCACCUACUACCAGACGCACCACACCCGCGACGGCAGACCCAUCUCGAUCCUGCCCAUCCUCACCCAGCCGGGCAUCAGCGUCACCCACGUCAUCGUAGCGGCCCUCCACAUCAACGACGACCCGGCCAAGAUCACCCUCAACGACCACCACCCGUCGCACCCGCGCUUCGCCACGCUGUGGGCCGAGCUGCGCGCCCUCCAAGCCGCCGGCAUUCGGGUGAUGGGCAUGCUCGGCGGCGCAGCCCGGGGCACCUACGCCAAGCUGGACGGCGACGCCGCGGCCUUCGAGCGCUACUGGGCUCCGCUGCGCGACGUGAUGCGCCACCACGGCCUGGACGGCAUCGACCUGGACGUCGAGGAGCCGAUGAGCCUCGCGGGGAUCCUGCGGCUGAUUGACCGCAUCCGGGCCGAUUUCGGGCGGGGGUUCAUUAUCUCCAUGGCGCCGGUUGCUCUCGCCAUGCUGGACGCCGAGCGUAACCUCAGCGGGUUCGACUACGAGGUGCUGGAGCUGAUGCGCGGGGACGAGGUCGCGUGGUAUAACGCCCAGUUCUACAACGGGUGGGGGGACGUGGCGUCGCCGCUGCUCUACGAGAUGAUGGUCGCGAAAGGGUGGGCGGCGCGCAAGCUCGUGGUUGGGUUCCUGACGAGCCCGGAGAACGGGCGCGGGUGGGUGCCGUGCGAGGUGGCGGGGCCGGUGCUGCUGGGGUUGCGGGCAAGACAUGCCGAGUUUGGCGGCGUUAUGGGGUGGGAGUACUUUAAUUCGGUGCCGGCGGAGGGCCGGCCUUGGGAGUGGGCGAGGUGGAUGACUAGCGUGUUGCGGCCGGGACCGGGGACGGCGCAGCAGCAGCAGCAGCAGCAGCGGCGGCGGCCGAAGACGGAGGAGCUACGGUCGAGAGAAGUGCCGGAACCGGUGGUGGAAGCCGACGCCGACCCGGGCGCGGAAGGUCCAGACGGCCAAGAAGCGCCGGUGCCGAAAGGAUUCGAGUAUUUUUCGGAGCACGAGGAGGAGGGA